AUGAUGGCCUCGAAAAUAUCGCAAGAACAGAUACAGAUGCUGAGAUAUGAAGUCAAACAGCCAAACUCCGUUUUUUAUCCAGGCUCUAAAGAGUAUGAAAAGAGUCUGGAAAGAUGGUCAGCAAUUGGACGUCAACGAGCGGGAGUUGCUAUACGCCCAAAGACCGUCGAGGAUCUUGCAUCCACUGUGCGUUUUGCCAUGGACAACCAACUGGAUUUGGCAGUCAAGGGCGGAGGACAUUCCACAGAUACCUCCUCCUCGAGUGACGGGGGCAUUUUGAUCGAUCUUGGCAGCAUGAGACAAGUCAGUGUCAACCCUAUCGACUCGACUGUCACCGCACAGGGUGGCGCACUGUGGAAGGAUGUGAACGAUACUGCCGCUAUGCUUGACCUGGCCGUAGUUGGCGGCACAGCCAGCCAAACGGGCGUUGGGGGAGUCAGUAUGCGCGGCGGAUAUGGAUACCUAACACCAAAGUAUGGGCUAGUCCUUGACAAUCUUCUUUCUGCAAAAGUGGUCACUGCCGACGGACAGGUCCUAAGUGCAUCAGCAAAUGAGCACCCUGACCUGUUCUGGGCGAUUCGGGGCGCUGGAGCGAAUGUCGGAGUGGCAGCGGAAUUGAGAUUCCAGGCACACACCCAGCCCAACAUGGUUUGGUGUGGUACCAUGACGUUCAUGCCUGACAAAGUGAAUGAAGUUGUUGAGGCACUCAACGGCGCCCUUCUUCAUCCACACGGGAACGCGGCAGCGCAAUGUGUAUUUGCCCUAUCACCUGAUAGUAAAGCCCCGGUUGUCACGACUGUGCUUUUUUUCAAUGGCCCCGAGGAGGAAGGGAGGAUACAUUUUGCGGGUCUUGCAGACUUGGAAUGUAUCAGCAUGAAUAUGGAAAUGAGGCCAUACGCAAAGGCCAACACCCUGCUCGACGACGCAGUGCCACCCGGCGGAAGGAAAAAGAUCAUUGGUGUGAAGGUUGCUCCACCUAUGAGGCCUGAUUUUGCUUCGCAAUUGUUGAUGCAAAUUGGUCGCAAACUCGCCGCAGUGCCAGAAUUGGCCAAUAGCUGUCUCGAGAUUGAUUAUUUUGAUCUCUCCAAGGUCUAUGGUGUUUCUAUUACCGAGACUGCCUUCCCAAGUCGUACAAUGACUCUUAAUGGGGCCCUCAUUCUCCAGUGGACUGAUCUGAGUAAGGAUGAGGACUAUAUAGCAUGGGGGGUCAAAAUCCAGAAUAUGUGUGAGAAUGAGCUACGGCAAGCUGGUUUCAAACCAGAUCAACUGGUGUCGACCUUCUUCGGUUACACUGACGGGGAUAAUAUGACACCAGAAGAUAUGUUCGGUGUUAAUGCCGAUGCCUUGCUCAAGGUGAAAAGACAAUAUGACCCUGACAACGUUUUCAACAAAUUGAACCCCCUUGGGCAUUUUGGCUAG